AUGGAGGACAGCUCUGGCAAUUGUCGGUUACAGACCAUUACUGACCCGACGUCGGUCAAAGAUGGAUGCAUGCAAGAAAAUAGGGCCAGGUACCAACAAACCCAGACCCCACAUCCAACUCCUCCCAUGUCUGAGCCUCUCUACACUAUGUUCACGGGCCCCAACGCCGACAACAACCAACAACUUCUUCUGGAGGGCAAACUCCCUAUCCCUGGUGGCCUUGCUUACCCUACCCAAGCCUUCCUUCGCCACUGUCGACUGCACGACAGUUAUUGGCCUCGUCCUUUCCCCUUGACGGUUGAAGAGCACGUGGACUUUUGGAGUCGCACCCCUGAGAAUAAUGGCCACUUCAAGGCAGGCGCCCUUUCGGAACUGUUGGCUUCUUGUGAUACAGCGUUUUGGGACCUUCCACUCCGUUCAGGCCAUGUUCCGGAACUCUGGAAGAACCUGAUGAACUUUGCAAUUGAGAAGAAGCCUGGCGACUUCCGCCCACAAGGGAUGCGGACCAUCCAGCUGUUCAACUCGGAGGCCCAGGCCAACUACAAGAAGGCGGGUCGGGCUGCAGAGGAGGAUGACAUCAUCCCUGCAGGACAGUGUGGGUCAUGCAAGCUGCACCAGUCCAUUGAUCUCGCCCUUUCCAAACGAUUGAUCUGGGACUCGCUCAUCCUGGAACGACGGUCUUCCGGCUGGAUCUCAAACGACGCGACGGCCUUGCGGAGAUUUGGCCUGCCGGUCACUGUCACCAACCUAAUGUUCGAUAUCUUGGCCAAGGCUAAACACAGGGUCCGAACUGGCUUUGGCGACUCGGAUCGGACCUUUGGGCCCACUGGCGAUGUUCCCUUCCAAGGCUGCGGUCAAGGCAACGGCGCAGGCCCGUGUAUCUGGGUUGCAAUCAGUGCCAUCCUCAUUGACGCCAUGGAGGCCGAGGGAUUUGGGUAUAAGAGCAACACUGCCCUCACUAACGAGGAGUUCUUCGCUUCGUGCUUCUGCUUUGUUGAUGACACCGAUGUCAUGGAGUCCAACGACAACGUGGAGACGGCUGGCAAAGACCUCCUCCCUUUGGUACAAUCGGCUUUGGACCUAUGGUCAGGUGGCAUCAGUGCCACUGGUGGAGCUAUCAACCCGGCGAAGUCCUUCUGGUGGCUGAUUGAUUUCAAAUGGCGGCCGUCCUCUGGCACGCGGGCGUUUCGAAGGAAGGCUGAAAUGCCUGGCGAAUUGACCCUCCAAGACCCGACUGGGGCGUGGGCGACACUAUGA